UUUUUUUUUUUUUAAGCUGUGCUCAGCCUGCCUAGCAAGGGAAUAAGAAAUGUCCUUGCUCACCUGGAAAAUGGUGGGUGAAGCAGCAGCAGGGAGGUAAACCAAAGGAGGAAACAGGGCCUAUUGGUGCUCUUUUUCUGCAGCUGCUCCUUUCUCAAAGGAAUCUUUCAGUGUCUUCCUCUCUCUCUGCUGGUAAGAGCCCUGAGUGAAUAUAUAUUUUGGCUAACUGGCUGUUGGGCUAUUUAAGGCAACAUCUCUUGCCUUCUGUUCACCAGCCCCUGACAGGGUCCUUUAGGGUCAAACUUGUUCUCUUGUCUUUCUGUGUGUGUGUAUAUAUGUAUAUUUUCCUAAAAGGAGAAGUGGCUCUUUUUAAUACUUUUAAGAGGUUGCAGAACACUGCUCUAAACAGUGUUUUCUGCAGAAAUUCAGUCUUGGGCAGGGGAAAGUAAUUAAGGCAAAUCAUCCAGAGCCAAAAGAGCACCUGGAAAGCCUUUUGCUGCUAUGGUAGAUGCAAAGUGAGACCCCAUGGGUGAAUAUAUAAGAAUGACCAGCACUCAUGAGAUAUUUUGGAAUAAAUAGGAAUAAAUAGCUCCUUACUUCACAGGAAGCUGGCUGGACACACUGCCACAAGCAGAUUGCAAUGGCAGAUGUCCUCACUCGGUGGGGUGACUGCAGCAAGAGGCCAUAGUUACUUGCUACAACACAGGCAGAAUCGGUGCAGAGCUCGUCUGGCUGAUUAAGUUGCUCCAGGAUGGCAGUGAGGUGUCAUUUCUAGUAAUGUGGCUCAUUUAACUUCCUUCAUCAGGCUUUGGUGGCCCUGAGAGCGAGGGAUUGGGGUUAGCCGGGCCGGCUUCUACCAGCUGAACUGCACGAUGCUCAUCUGUUGCAGUCCUUAAAAGGGCUUGUUAAUCAGUCCGCUGUUAUUUAAUUAUCUCCACAGUUAUCUAAGGCCUGACCCAAACACAAGGGUAAUAAUAAACUGGCACCAUCUGUUAGCAGUAUGAAAUUGGAGUUUAAUAGAUCGGGUGGCAUCUGCAUGUUAGUGAAGCUGGGGAAACCUUUAGGUGCCAAACUCGGACCUCGCAGAGGUUACCAAACCUCAGCCUAACCAAAUGCUAUUUAAAACAGCUUUCUGUAGAUCAACUGCAGCUGCGUUUACAGCCGAGAUUUAACCACAGCAAGCUUUUUUCCUAUCUACAGCGCUGGUGUAGGCUCUUUCCAAAGACACUCUGUGGUAUUAAUGUUUUCCCCUGUGCCCGCAGGCUCUGGCUGGGGGCCCCCAGGGCCGUGCCGGCACAGAGCAUCUGGUUCUGGCACAGCUGGAGCAGCUGCGGGAAACUGCUGGAGGCAGAAGUGGGCUUGCGGAGAGCAAGCGCAAAGCAGAGCUGGGCUUGGGCAGGCCUUGCUGCGAGCGAGCCUUGCGCUGGCCCACGAGAGGGUGCUGGUGGCUCGGGCUGACGCGGAGAGGGACCGGCUGCCAAACCCCCUUGGGAGCAGGUGCCUCGUCUGCAAUCUAUUAUAAAUCAGUUUGGAAACUAAGGAAUAAAGGCACGUCUAGCUCUUUCUCCAGCUGGCUUUUACCUGUCCGGAGAAGGGGCUGCGCUUGGGGAGCGCUCUGGAGUCCUGGGUGUGGGGAUACUCUCGGAGAGGCCCCUUGGCUGCAGCGUGGGGCUCCUCUCCCACCCGUGCAGCAAGGGGCCCUCUGGAAAUGCAGGGCUUUUCCUUGGCUCUCCCCCCAAGACUGUUUUAAGGAGAGAUACAAGGUAUAAUGGGCUUUUUUGGGAGUUAAGGAGCAUCCUCUGGAGCAUCAAGCCAGGCAGAGCCAAGCCCAGGUGCCCCCAGGCCCCCAAGCGCGGCAGCGGGGAGGAGGGCGGCGUUCCCUCCCUGCAGCCCGGAGAAGGAUGAGCAGCCGGACGCCGGCGGAGCGAGAGCGGAGCCUCCCAACACCCAUCUUCCCGCAACUUCCGAAGGAAAGUUGCAAGCGGGUCUUGCAGCACCGUGCAGGAAAGCGUUGCCCGAGGCUUCGGUCCAGGCAAAAGCGGAGGCUUUGAAGCAGCAUCGGGGAGGCUCCGCCGGGGGAGCCGCGAGCCCGCUUUCCCCGGCGGGAGCAGAGGCCGCCGCACUCAUCACACUGCAGCGUGGAAAUUGCCGCAGCUCUCUCCGCUCUCCGUGACGGCCGAGGGAGCAAUCGCGCCACCGCCGCCGUCGUCCGGCUCAUGACGGAGGCGCCGAGGCAGCCGGCAGCCAGCCCCGCUCUCCCGCCCGGAGCAUCCCGUCACCGCCGGCCUUUCCCCCCGCGCAGGCUGUCCCGGGAGCGGAGAGCGCUGGCCAUGGAGGGCGGUCACCUAGGCAGGUACCGCUUCGGUGCGGCCGCCAGCCCGCCCCCCUGGGAAAUGGGCACCUACGUGGCCGGCGCCCUGGUCCUGCUGGGAAUCGCCGCCGUGAACCUCUGGAAGCUCUGGCGCUCCGGGAGCUACCCGGCGCCGUCGCCCUUUCCCAACUACGACUACAGAUACCUGCAGCGAAAAUACGGCGCGGCGCCUGCGGACGGCCGCCCCGAGCGGGCGGCCGCCCCGGGUUCCCGCAGGGCUCCGGAGCGGCCGGGACGCCCGGCCGGACCGCGGGCCGCCGACACCCUGGAGAGCAUCGACGAGCUGGGCAGCCUGGAGCUGAUGAGCCGGGAGCUGGGCCUGGCGCCCUACGGGCCGCUGAAGAAAUCGGUGUCGGCCGACUCGCUGAGCUCCGUCUCGUCCAUCGGGAACAGCUUCGGGCAGGACUUCACGGUGGGCCAGCUGGAGGUGAGCCUGGAGUACGCCGGGCGGGCGCAGAGCCUGCACGUGACGCUGCUGCAGGGCAAGGACCUGCUGGAGAAGGACGACGGGCGCUUCGAGUCCUGCUUCGUCCGCGUCAGCCUGCUGCCGGCCGAGCGCGUCGUCGGCAUCUCCCGGCCGCAGAGGAGCGCCGGCUCGGUGGCCUUCGACGAGCGCUUCUCCGUGCCGCUGGAGCCGGCGGCGCUGGAGGAGGCCGGCCUGCGCUUCGCCGCCUUCGCCGUCGACGAGGCCGAGAGGAACGUCAGCACCGGCGUGGCCGAGCUGAAGCUCUCCGACCUGGACCUGCCCGCGCGGCCCUUCAACGCCUGGCUCUACCUGCAGGACAUGAACAAGACGGUGGACUCGGUGGGCGAGAUCCUGCUCUCCCUGAGCUACCUGCCCACGGCCGAGCGCCUGACCGUGGUGGUGGUGAAGGCCAAAAACCUCGUGUGGACCAACGGCAAGGGGACCGCUGAUCCCUUCGUCAAGGUGUACCUGCUGCAGGACGGGAGGAAGAUCAGCAAGAAGAAGACGGCGGUGAAGAGGGACGACCCGAACCCCGUGUUCAACGAGGCCAUGAUCUUCUCGGUGCCGGCCAUCGUGCUCCAGGAGCUGUCGCUGCGGGUGACGGUGGCCGAGUGCGGCGAGGACGGCCGGGCCGACAACACGGGCCACGUGGUCAUCGGCCCCGCGGCCAGCGGCAUGGGCAUCACCCACUGGCACCAGAUGCUGGCCACGCUGAGGAAGCCCGUGUCCAUGUGGCACCCGCUCCGGCGAAAUUAGGUGGCUCCGGGGGCAGGAUUUCGGCUCGGAGGAGCGGCGGCCGCGGGACGGCGGCGGCUCGGCGAGGCGCCGGAGACGGGGGAGAGAUGCAGUGCUGCCGCGGCGCCUCCCCGCAACGGGACCCGUUUUUGCCGGCUGGUUUCGCUGCCGCGAGCCGCGACUUGAAGGAAAAGGAGGAUUUUUGCAGCUCCUCGCUCGCAUGCACCUUGGGGACAGCCACGAGACUUUCCGGGGACGGGGAGGGGGGUGAAAUAACAAGGCCCGUGCUGCCCGCACGCUCCCCGCCGGCCUCCCCAGCCGCCCGCGGGGGAACAGCGCAGAGACGUUUGAUAAAACCCCGGGUGCGACGCGGGGUGUGGGGGACAUUCAGGGCCGCUUUAUCGGCGUGGAAGUGUUUUCGGCUUCCACCAACAAGGAAAAAGGGAGAAAUAACCCCAGGAAAAAAAAAAAGGGUUGCUCUGAGGGUUGCUCUGAUUUUUUUGCCCCCCUUUUUUCCGAGCCGUGGCCCUGGGCAGCAGCGAGGCCCCGGUGGUGGGGGGCAACAGGGAGGAAAAAGCCGGAUUACCGACGGCCCGAAUCCACCUCGUCUUUGCACCCGGCUGGGUGAGCCAGGUCCGCGGUUGUGUUACUUGAAUGAAUAGAGCAGGGGGAAAAAAGUG